CCUUAAUUUUGAUAAUGUGGUUCGAAGUAUCAUGUUGAAGGUAAUGAAAUAGUUUCUCCUGUUGACUUACGUAUUCGAUACAGUUUCGUUGUAAUCAUACUGGUCCAUUGCUUGUUCCACCUUCCUUUGGGGAUCUUUCCAAUAAGAUUUUUCAUUUCAUUCAGUGCGCGUGGCAGCUCAAUGCGCGGUUGUUCGCGGUUUCAUUACCAGUUAUUCCAAUAUGCGAUGGUAUCCAAACGAAGCCAGGUUCAAUAUUUUUUUCCGUAGGUAUGGUUAUUAAUUGAGCAUGUAUAUCUUGAUUUCUAUUGUUAAUAGUACAGUUUUUGAAUCAGAAAGCAUUACAAACUGAUUAUUUACUGUUGCUUUUAUGUAUUUUAUAGCCUGUAAAAUUGCAUAGGCUUCACAUGUGAAGAUUGUUAUUCCCGUAGGUAGUUCAGUUUUGUUUGCAGAAUUCUCAACGACAUAACUCCGACUGUAAAGGAUUAAUCUUGUCCAAGUUUUGAUACGAGAAUACUACCCCCACAGGUGCAAAAGUAACCCCGUUUCACUAUCCCAUCGUGCUCCAGAGGUUCCCUUAUCUCCCUCGCCUCUUUCUCCCGAUAUCGGUGCGUUUCUCCCGCGUGACUGCGCGCGCGUCUCACCGCGUUUUCGAGAGGGUGCUGCGCGGCCGACGGGCGUCGACCGUCGACCGGUAGUCGAAUUCGUAGCUCCCUCCAGGCAGGUACGUUCGUUCCUCCGGUGAAACGGACCCGACACUCUUUCCUCGAUCCUUUAAAAGCGCUGGCAGGACUGCCAGUCGCCGGGUGGGGGGGGUUGUGCACCCCGUUUUCUUCGCGGCGGAGCUUUCAGUGUUGCUUCUCGGUACGCGAGUUCGCGUUAACGAUCGAGGAAGCGCGGUACUGCGAGUGUCGCAGCGCCGUGUGGACUCUGCUGCAGUAAGUGAUCGUGGAGGGUGCUGAGAGCGAAGGGGUGAGAGAAAAGGGAUGAUCGUAGGUGAAGAGACUGUUUCCUGGGGAAGGAAUCGAAAACGUAGGGACAGCUUAGGGACCCGUCGACGGCAACUUCAGAGUUUCAGAAACGACUGAUACCGUCUUGACGAGCUACGAACUACGAACUAUAAACUUCCAAGUGAGAUCCUUGACGAAGCAACCCCGCGAACAACUCAUGAAAGAUACGGCAAUUAAUGUGUUCAUGAUAAAUGGAGAUUGUUCUCUGCCUUUUGUGCGUAAAACAGUAUUUGAAAAAUUACAGACCAGCAUUCUAUCGUUAAAAAAAGAAGCUUAAUUCCAAUGACAACUGCAUCAACCUUAUCAUAAAGUUUUCUAUUUUCAUUUCGGUAUUAAUAUAUUAAUCUUGAAUCCUUUGAGAGCCAACACAAAAGCGUUGUCAGCGACUUCAUCGAUACAGCGAUAAAUUACAGUCGCCAAAACGAUCGUGUGUCAAGAGACUACCGAGAGCGGCUUGUCCUCGAGUGGUUCGUUUAAGAUCCUUGGUCCUGGAAUCCUUCAUCAACCAUUCAAGGAGCUGCUAAGCUCGAAAGCCUAUUCUUUAUCAGCAGUUGCGCCCACCCUCGCGGAUCUUCGUGGUAUCAGGCGUAUCCUGACAAAGAAAAAGAAGGGCGAAUAAAAAGAGAACGAAAUUCCAGCUAGCGCGUUCUCGAAUGGCAGACUCUGUCGGAAAUAAGUUGUUGCUGUUACUUUCGGUGCAUUAUCGAUGAAAACCGCUAAAGGGUGAAUCCAGCCUCGAUCAGUUUCCAAUAUCGACUUCGUUUCCAAACUUUUCUCCAUAACUUUGAAAAUAACGGCGCAAGAAAGGAGUUGGGAAGAAAGCAGAGAGCAAUAAUUUGUCUUUCCAUCGGUGCCAGACGGAGGCUUUAUUAAUCGUUUGAACCCGCGGUUGUCAAGUGUGGAAUUAGAAACUUCAUCGUCGAAUAUUUCUGAGUGAAAGCGUUCUUAGGAAGUUUCCGAGCGAUGAAGAUAUUACACGUGCCCCGUUGUUGGUCGUUUCUAAAGCACAACGCUGUGAUUUCAACACUCGUAUCUACUUAAUCGUGAUAACUUAUCCGGGGACAAAGAACAAGAUCCAUUGAUGCCAAGUUCCAGGCAGAGCUGCGCGCAUUUGAAGUGAGGGGCUUCUUCGAUAGAGUUAUAAACUGUUACUGAAAAGAAUGACAAGUGGCAAAUAUAACUGUAAUUAAAUCCAAACGUUCUGUAAAUAAAAAUAUGAAGUACAGAAGGCUCUAGAAUUAAAUGCGAAAGCUGUAGAAUUAACUACGAAGAAUCUGGGAACAGAAGAAAGAUGCGGUUUCUUCAGUAGAGUUAUAAACUGUUACUGAAAGGAAUGACAAGCAAGAAAUAUAACUAUAAUUAAAUUCAAACGUUCUGUGAAUAAAAGUAUGAAAUACAAAAGGUUCUAGAAUUAAAUGCAACAACUUUAGAAUUAACUACAAAGAGUCUGGUAUCACUCGUGUGAAAUACAAAAGGUAUCUGGAAUUAAAUACAAAGAUUCUCCAAUUGCGUAAUCGUUGAUCUCAGGAGGAAGCUGUGUUACUUUCAAAAGCCUUCGAGAGCCUGGAACGAAAGCCAUAAGGGAGUAAGAUAAACUACUUCUUACUAUUGCUGGGAUGCCCCCAUGACAAGAGGGAGGCACGUGGUGAUGUCUUGUUGUUGCUGGUGCUGCGACGAGCUUGGCGGUGCCAGUUCUUCAAGUGCUGGUGCUGGAGGUGUUGUUACUGGUGCAGCUGGAGGCAGUGUUGUCGUUGGCAGUGACCCCAAUAACGCCGGCGGUGGUGGUCUCGGUAUCGCUUCCGGUCUUUCUGCGAUGCUGUCGUUGGUAGUUGUCACCGUUGCCAUCACGACGGGAGAGUGGCUUCUCACGGAAGAGAGACUACCCAAAACCUCCUCGAACACUUCUGUGGAACCCGACUGCAAAGUCACCUACAGCGGCCUGUGGAGGGUCUGCGUUGCCAUAAGCUCCCGCAUGGAAUACGAGUGCUCGAGCAUUGACUAUUUUCCAAACGAGGAGUACAGUCCGGAUCCCAGCGAUUCAACGAUGGCAAUACCAUAUGCAGUUACCAAGUCGGCGAUGUUUUUCUUUGCUGCAACAUCGCUGCUGGUGGUAGCCGAAGUUUGUUACUUCACUGCUCACGUUACUCACCCAAGACACAGACUCUGCGUCUUUGUCGCCGGAGUGGUCUUCAUAGUUUCUGGUUUGUUAAUGCUGGUGGGAAUGGUGAUGUACAUAUCUGUAUUUAAAGCUGAAGUUGGUAGCAAACUUAGACCAAGAUCGUCGUUUCAGGGACCACCCUUCACCUACAGGUACGGAUUCUCAUUUCUGCUGUACGUGAGUGGCUUCAUCACGACCGAGGUCGCUGGCACUUACGCCAUUUUCUUGUAUAUUUCUUGGCACCAGAGAGAACUGGUACGAAGGGAUUCCAGGCGAAAAAAUUACGGGGGUGUGUAUCAUUUAGACAAUCACCACGUACACCACGCAAACCAUGCGACGAUUGGCCACAGUGGUUUCCUUUGCGAAAGGCAUCAAAAGAGAUAUUUCUUCGGCAGAGAUUCAGUGGAUCACGUUGACUUCGACGAGUUUCUGCCACCCCCACCUAAUCUGGAUUAUCACGAUUAUACCAGACAAUUUCCUAGGGACCUUACCACUCAAACGGUCAGUACGACGGCCGAUGUUUUACAAGAGGAAGAAGAGGAAUACAGUCCAGGUGUACAACCUGAAUUCGUUACUUUCGACCUUGAUGAACCUUUGCCACCACCGCCACCAAUUAGGGGCAGCGAAUGGACCUUCGGCACGUUGAGGAAAACAACUCCCGUCUGAUAUACCGUUAGGUACGCGAGGCUAGUGCAAAGCGUUGAAAGCGACGAGGAGGACGAAGCGGAAACCGAAGAGGACCACGAUAUAGCAGCCGAUUAAACAAAUCGACACGCGUUUUAAUGAGAUAGCUUUCAACGCGAUCGCAAAUGUUUUAUCGUCCAGGCUCAACGUGAGUUCACGCAGAAGCGGAGGAAGCUCGGAAUGAAAGCAACGAGAAUCGUUCGUCGCUGUAUCGAUCUCGAUUUCUGAAACAAUUCACUGAUAAACUGUUUCGCCGAGAAUAAUUCAGUUGCUAGGAAAUCGUGAAACAUCAAUGAACGGAACACCGAAAUUGGUCCACGAACAAUUAAGUGUGGCAGGAAAUUUCCGUUUUAAACGCUUAACGUUGCCGUGUUAUAUGCAACGAUUUAAGUAUCCCUUUUUUUUGUAACUUUUUAUCAGCGAGAAUGAGACAGACAUUCUAGGAUUCAUAGUGAUGGUGAUUUACUCGAUGUGAAACUUGCAAUCACUUAAGCAACGGACGAACUAAAAUUGAAGAACAUCUCCCGAGUUACUCGAAAUGAGCUGAGGAACUCCAGUAGACGUUAUCGACUCCGUUCGAAGCCUUAAUCAGCUAAUCGACUGCCAGCCACGAUCUUCGAUCACUCGUAUACAAGAAGAGUGUCGUAACUUUGAUGAAAUAUACCGUCCCUCCGUCGGAAAAAGAAACGGAGAAGAGUACAGAGUUUUAAAGCGAGACGAAUUACACGGAUUCGGGAUGACGCAUAUAAAUGAGCUUAAAUUGUUAAUUUUGUUUAUUCGAAGAGUAGAUAAACGUUGAAUUUAUUCGUAUCCUUAAAAAGUUAGAGAUAUUUUAUCGUUUACAUAGCGUUUGAAAUUAUCACAGGAGAAUUGAAGGCGGAAUAUGAAAUCGAUAAGUAACGUUACUCUGUAAAACAGAAAAGAAAUUUAUAUAAUUUUAUAUAUAUAAUGAAUAAUGAAAGUCUUUCUGUUUCAUGCCAAUAUGAAUGCAGAAAAGUGAAGUCUCCGAAUAUAAGACUGAGAGAAAAUAUUAUAAUCAAAAUGUUAAUUUUAAUUGAAAUUUUAGAAAUAAUUGAAACAUUUUUGUUAAGAACUUUUUAAUUUAAUCUAUUUCUCUGUAACCGUUAUGAUAUGGCUAAUACAAUAGACAUUUUGUAAGUAUUAGAAUUGUUCGUGUUUGUUGCUGGCGUAUUGUAGCGGCGGAGAUUCUCAAAAGACUGCGAUUUAAAUCUGCCAAACGUAAAGAAAAUCGAGACUGCGAAUCGAUUAAUCUACUGUUAUGUAAAUACCAAUGCAUUUAUUACAAUUGCAAUAAUUUUCGUACACGAAAUAAUUUACUCUUGAUACUGUGGAGACCGGCAAAAGUUCAAGUUCCUACGUACUUCUAUUUCAAUUAAGAUUCCUUUAAUAUAACUACGACAUUGUAAAGCCUAAAAGAUUUUCUAAAAAUUAUUGUCUUCCUUCAAUUCUUUAAUUCUGUCAAGUCUUUAAUUAUUAUGUAAAUUUCCCUUUUCCUUGAUUAAUAUGUACCACUAUUCAACGAACAGAUUGAAAGCUGUGAAGAUCAUAUCUGACAGACUGAUUUUAUUAGUUUAGCUUCAAUAGCUUUAAUUUACAAUUACUGUAGCUCGUAAACAUAGUGUCUGGAUUAAAAUGAACAUAAGUGUUCAAGAAAGACUGCGUUGUCAAGCAUCAGGUCAUCCCAUUAGUAACAUGAAUGUUUAUAAUAUUCCUAAAGAAUGAAACGCAACAAUUGACUUAUAAUUAAUUAUGUAAAUAAAUUAUCUACGUAUUUUCUUUCACACUACAUAAUAUUUUAUUAGAUUCUUAUUAAAUUUUUAAUGUCCUUCUUUAACAAAUCUCUUUCUCAUCACUAUCUUUAUCGAAUUCUUUCAAAUUUGCAUUAUUUAAAGAAUUACCUAAUAUGUUCACUAUCUAAUGAUAGAGGAAAUACCUCCAAACGCGAUAAGAAUUUGCGAUAAACCAGACUUGAAAUUCACACAGUACCCCGUAAGAAGGUCUGCGGGAUUGAGAGCAAGGAAUUGCCAAUGAUUUCAAAUCUUGAAUGGAAUUAUAUAUACAUAUAUUCACUGUAUCGUGAACGUGUUCAUAAUCGAACUGAUUAAAUGUAUCCUAUCCACUGUACAAAAUGCAUGACGAUACCAAUGUUAUAUAUGAGAAGUUUUAAUAGGAAUGAAAUAGUCGAUAAGCUUUUUAUACCAUAGUCAAUUUUCCACCGAGAUUUUGCGAGUCAGGAUUUGCACACUGGCUCAACGAUCAAAAACAAAUAAAAGUUACAUGGUGGUCGUCGAUUAAUCGCGAGUCAAUCUAAAACUAAGCGAAGAAAUACGAUUGAAAGUCUAAUUAAAGAAGUCUUUGUUGCCAAUUUUUUCAUCAGGAAAAUGUUGGUUUGUCUUUUAUUCUAAUAUUAGAUAUUGUUACGAAUUUUAACGCAAGCCUAUUGUGCGUUGCGUUUACAUGCAACAUAUUUUUGUGAUGUAAAGUAUUAUUAUUGUCCGAGACAAUUUUUGCGGUUCCAUACUGUUUACUUACUUCUGAAAAGCCAAUUUUAACAGGUCACGUGAAAAUGAAGCGUUGCAUGUUGCGUGUAAUAAAAAAAAGGCAACCUAUUGUUUAACCUUUAUUCUCAUAUUUAAUAUUGUGGUCUUUAUAUAGAACAAUAAUACUCGUUUAAUUUUAAUAAAAGUUUCUUCGUAAAAAAUCGACUUAUACGAUUUAUUCUUAAAUUUUAUAGAAAAAUGUUCAAGGAAUAAGAUAAAAUUUUUUAUUACAAGAUUAUUUCGAGCUUCAUACUUACAUAAACGCCUUUAUCACAUGAAUGCGUGAUAGUAUCUUUUUUGCAAGAAUUUGUUUGAAAAUCGUGGAAAAUAGUUGUAAAUAAAUGCAUCAAUUACAAUGAAAUUCGUCACAAAGUAUGCGACACAGCCACAAGGAAAGUUCGUUUUGUAUCAAACAUUUUUGAUGCUCAAAUUCUAUCGUUAAUUGUAAAACAAAUCGAGUGAUUUUCGCUCGCGGAACUGUAAAAAAAAAGAAUGAAUUAAUAUAAUGCAUAUAGUAUUCGACCUCGGUAUAGGAAGGAGACAAAUGUUUCCGAGGCAUCGCCAUUGUUUAUAAAGUAAUCCAUGUUCAUUGACCUGUAAUGAAAAUUGUUUAUGUAUUCGAUGGUGAUAAGCUUGUUCCACAUUUACAGUUUGUACAAUAAACUUUUUUCGAAUUGAAUAAUAUAGCGUUAAAUGUAUCGUAUGCUCGAGCAGAGGGAAUUUUAUUUAACAUAUCUAUAUUUUUCUAUAAGAACCUGCAACAAUACAAGUUUACGUCUUCGUAUAGGUUUGAUUUAACAUCAGAAAAUGCUUUUCCAUGAAGUCUCUCGACUAUUUAUAACACUGUUUAGUUUCACGUGUGUGGCAUUUAAUAUGUUCUAUUGCAAUUCGUUUGUAAAUAAAGGGAAUGGUAGAUGAAGUACUUAAUACGUCUGUAAAAGAAAUUAUAAACAACUUUGUAUUGGAAUUAAUAAUAAAGGACAAUUUUUUUA